UUAUAAUGCAUCUGUCUUAUGUUUUAUGCAAUUGUUUGUUUGUGAAAAUAGUCGUAGAAAUUGCAUAUUCUCUCAUUAUGACUGCAAAAAGUAAUUCAAUAACUAGCGUGUUAGAUAGCAUAAUUUCAAAAAUAGAAACAGAAAUGGAAUUAGAACAGGAAACGGAAACAUAUAUAAAUGAAUCAGAUCUGGAAAAUACUGUAACUUCAAAUAAAAGGAACAAAUUACCAUCGUGCGAUUCAAUGGAAGAUAUAAACUGUCGCAUUUGUUAUGAUCUUAAUCAAGAGUUGCCUGUUAUAUACCCGUGCAAAUGCAAGGGAACGAUGGGUGCAAUUCAUCUGAAAUGUUUGGAGCGAUGGUUAGAAGAGAGCAAUAGGAAUAGUUGCGAAUUGUGCGGCUACGAGUUCAAAAUGGAACGAACACCUCGUUAUAAGGUUCUCCGCUCCAUCAUAGUCUGGUUGUGCUUGAAUCAGGAUGAGCAUCAGAUGUACGCUCGCAGCGUGAAGGCAGAUUUACUCAGAUGUCUCGUACUUAUUCCUGUGACCAUCGCGUGUUCCUACAUCUCCGUAGUUGCUGCGGAUUUUUAUGCUUUGAAAAAUUAUGACAAUUUCCCACCUGCGCGAUGGACAACUUAUUCCCUGUUGUCAAUGAUGGGAUUACUGAUUCUGUCUUUCUUCGUCUGGAUUUAUAUGAUAUUACAACAUCAUCAAAAAGCAUGGUUUUACUGGUGGCAAAAGUCCAGCAUUGUGAAAAUAGUCAAUUUGGCGUUGAAAAAUGUUACUUUAGAAAUUAGAAACGAGAAACGCAACAUAUCAGAGAUCCAAUGAAUCCAGAUGUUGAAUUAAUUGAAAAAUUAAUUGAUUAAGAAGCUCGUCGUUUGAUAGAGAUUUUCCCACGACUCAAUUGCGAUAUGUAAAUGCGUACUUUGCUGCUGUCUGAAACCUUUUUCACCCAGAUCUGAAAAAAAGUGUAUCUUGUGAUGACGUGCGAUUCACUUAAUAUUUCAAAUACUUACCGCUUCAGUGCCGAUUGCCGAAAUAUGCGCCGCGAAUCUGUUAAGAUCUUUGCCUUCGACAUAAACAGGUUGACCACGGUGAAACCUGUUAAUAAAAAAUUCGAUCAAA